GGAGAAGGAGGAGGAGGAGGAGGAGGAGAGCGGGCCGCUGCGAUGGGUUUGGCCCCGCUGAAAAAGAAAAUCCCACCCACUUGAAGAAGCUAUUAAGCAAUAUGAUGGAUUCAGAAGCUCAUGAAAAGAGGCGACAAAUCCUGCCGAGUUCAAUGCAAGAUAAACCACAUCACAUUACCAAAGUGAAUUCAUUAAAACAUUACUUUUGUGGCUGCUGUGCAGCUUUCAACAAUAUAGCAAUCACCUACCCCAUUCAGAAGGUCCUCUUUCGGCAGCAGCUCUAUGGACUUAAGACAAGAGAUGCAAUAUGUCAGUUGCAGAAAGAUGGAUUCCGAAACUUGUAUCGUGGAAUCCUGCCCCCGCUAAUACAGAAGACUACAACCCUGGCACUUAUGUUUGGUCUGUAUGAGGAUUUCUCUAGUCUGCUCCUCGGGCACGUAAACGCUCCGGAACUUCUCACUCGCAGUGUGGCCGCUCUGCUCGCUGGAACGACCGAAGCAGUUUUGACGCCGCUGGAACGUGUUCAGACCUUGCUUCAAGACUACAAGCACCACGACAAGUUUACAAACACUUUCCAGGCUUUUAAGGUUCUGCGAAGCUAUGGCAUUCAAGAAUAUUAUCGUGGUUUGAUACCCAUCCUUUGCCGAAACGGACCCAGCAAUGUACUGUUUUUUGGCCUGCGAGGGCCCAUCAAAGAGCGUUUGCCUGAAGCGACUUCUUACGGUGCUCACAUGGUUAAUGAUUUUAUCUGUGGAGGGCUGUUGGGAGCCAUGUUGGGAUUCCUGUUUUUCCCGAUAAAUGUCGUAAAGGCUCGCAUGCAGUCUCAGAUCGGUGGGGAAUUUCGGUCUUUCCCCGAAGUUUUCCAAAAAAUCUGGCUAGAGCGUGACAGGAAACUGACGCAUCUUUUCAGAGGGGCCCAUCUGAAUUAUCAUCGCUCCCUCAUUUCCUGGGGCAUAAUCAAUGCAACUUAUGAAUUCUUGCUAAAGCUUUUGUGAAAAAUGCCAUCCAAGCGUCAGUGCUCAGCCGCAUAAGACCCCUUACAAGAUUUCAGUUAAAUUCUGGGAGCUUGUGGGCUAAAAUGCCAGAGAGUGUUUUGAGUCGAGCUGAGAAGUAGGGAACUGUGAGCAAAGAAACUUUCCAGAGAACAGGUUAAAUUUGGAGUAACGUUGGUAAGGUCAACACCAUCCAUCUUUCUAAUUGUGGUCAUUACCAGUAGGGUCUGUCAGGGUUUCUAAUCAGCUAAAAAAAAUUUUCCUGAAAAUUAUGCUGUUUGGGAAUUUCUCUAUUCAGACUGCCAUGAGCAAAUGGGAAAAGGAUCUUUGAGGCCAGAGGCUUAUCUUGGGGCUUCAGGCUUCCCUCCUUACAGCAAUAAUAGAAAAGGGAAUCCUAUCAGAGUUGAGCGGGACAGAAGCGAAAGAAAAGAAACUGUUUUAUCAGGUUCAAAGUCUCCAGCUAGCUUCUACCUUCGAGGUUUUGAAACCAAAUGAGCAUGGUGAAGUGCAUUGCCCAGAUUGUGUUCCUCCCAUUACCCAAUCAGGCUUUCACCAUCUUAUGCUCGAGAAGCAAUGGAGUUAAGCUGUUGAUAUACGUUCACAAAGUAUUUUGCCACCCGGAACAUUUUAAAACUUGACAUUUUUCUGAACCUUCUGAAGUUCUGGUUUGACUGCCGGAUGAGAACUUUUCUGCUUUACUUUUGAUUUUCUCUUUCUCUUUCUGUCAAAAAGUCCUUAAAUAUAAAUUUUACUUGAAACAUCGGACUUCGUCAAAGAAAGGAGAUUUGAAUCUCUAAUUUAUUAGAUCUGGUCUCCUAAGGUUGCCUAUUAAACUUUCAAAUCUUCUCAAUGCUUAAUCAGCAAAGGAUUUAUAUUUUCCUAGCUGGUUGUCCAACUUGAAAUUCAAUCCAUGUCAAUUUCAUGUCUUUCCCCCCUCCACCCCCCCAUCGCCUCCAUCUGUUUUCCUUCUUGAAUUUCAAUUUCAAAUUGGUCAAUUGUUUUGCAACCCAGUCUUUUUCUAGGCUCGUAACAUGUAAAACCCAGAACACAGUGUUUAGUUUUAAGCCAAUUGUUCCCUUCCUUUGGCUUAGUCACCUAUUGUACAUUACUUCAGAGCCAAUUGUCCAAACUUGUUGAGCCUGAGAAUAACUCAGAUAAAGUUCUAGUUGUGAACAAAACAAGGUGUGCCUUUCUUAGGCAUUUACCUAACCUCAUUCAAUUCUUGAAUCUGCCUUGGGAACUUUUUCUUUUUUUUAACACGCUACCCAAAGUAUCCCCUUUUGGAGAAUUGGUGGUUCCAAUAAUUCAAGAUCACGUAAUCAGAUUUUACCUGAACGUAGUCCAAAGUAAAAAUUUCUCCAGGUAUUUUCACCAUAUGCCAGGGAGCCUAAUUUUGUAUUAGUACCAUUAUAUAAUGUACUAUCAGUCUGAAUUUUAAGAUCUAUGGUCAGACGUUAUUUAAAAUGUAAACUUUAGGGGUUGUUGCCAGACUCAGUUAAUUGGUGACAUGGAUGGAAAAUAUCCAAGGAGUGGAAUCAAAAAUCUCUCUGUUUUUUCUUCCAGGUUAAUUGUUAGAAUGAAAACAACCUUUCUGUCUCCUCUUGAGAGAGAUCAGAAUAUUCAGGAAAGCAUGUUUUGGAAAAUUGGAUUGAUCAGUAAACUCCUCUGUGCGUGUCAAUGACAGGUUGUCUUCAGUUGUUUAACAUGGGACUGUUUGCAUCAAGGAGAGGAUGGCUGGUCCUCUUCCUAUCGGAAUGAUAAUUCUUUUCCAGGUUUUGAGCCCGUAUAUUAUCUCUGUAUGCUUUGCUACUGCUGUAUAUGUAUUAGCACGGAUCAUUGACAAUCAGUUUAUUAAUAAUUGCAUGGGAUUGGUUAACCAGGUGUUUUUGAAAAGAUGUGUACAUCUAAGUGCAGUGUAUCCGAUUAAACAGACAGAUAAACCUUCUGUCACCAACUGAAGGGUAGAUAGAUAGAAUCCCGAACAGCCUUUGCACUAUAAGGCUGCUUUCCGGUAUCAAAGCUUUAAAGGAAAAUGCCAUCCAUUUGUACAGCAUCACACCGAAAGCAAAAAAUGUAUCAUAAAUCGACACGUGAGGAAUAUUACGAACAUCGCGCAGACACAGUAAGCCACUGAAACCUAAGAACGGGAGACUUUAACACUAAGCGUAUUAUACAUUUUAACAUCCUCUUGCUUUCAGAUAGCUGUGUAGAACGGGAAUGAGGCGGCGGUUUUGAACCUUAGCUCUUUCUGGAAACGAAUGAGGAAGACCCACGUUGUUGGGUCAUUUCUGAAAACGUGUCUCUUUGAAAUGGGACUUAACAUGCUCACGUACACGGCACGCGUGAAUAAAUGCAGCACACUGUGAGGGUGGUGCUGUCCCUUGCACACUGGCUCAUGGGAUUACUCCACGUCAGAUUGUCCGGAGCCUGUUUUCCGCACUCCAGGUGAUCCGCAUUCGUGUUCUUCUUAUUGCACUUUGUGAAAUAAAUGAGAUGAGGUUUCUGAGGCGAGUGCUUAGUGUUGUAUGUCUCUUCAGCACUAUAUUAAUAAAAUAUUAAUAGAAGGGACUUCUACUUCCCUGGUUUACGACAGCUUAUGAAGACCAAACUGCCAAUUUAUUAAUGAGGCUGGAUUGGUCUCACCUACUCUACUUCUUAGGCUUGAUAACAGGUUAGGUUAACCCAAACCUACAAGAAUCCUUUAACCAACUACCACGUGCUGGAUUUGAGAGGGUGAUUGUUAUGCAGUAGAUACUCACGGCUGAGGCUGAGUUUUCAACUUACGUAUAAAUCCACCUGGUGUCAAGUUGUGAAAAGAGAAACUGUGAUCAAAUAACUUGGUUUCAAAAGCUUUAAAGUGCCCUUUGUGUUACAACACAGCCUCCCACUUGUAUGUGUUGCUUAGGAUCGAAUGCAAUCGUGUGCUUCCAGAACAAAGUUAUAGUCUCUUUAAUAGGCAUGCUUAGAGGUUGUAUGAGCCCUCAGGUCUGCACAAUGUAGUCAACACAACCUUCCGUAUACUGUUUUCUGUUGUCCUGGCUACUUUUUUUUUACUCCUUUUGUUGACGGUGGGGUGGACAAAACUGGCUUUACUCAAUAUGCAGAUCUUAAUUGGCUGUCUCAUCAUUAGAACUGUCUUGUGAACAGUGUUGUAAAAUAGGGUUCUGUGUAGAUCAGGAUCUGCAGAGAACUCAAGUUCUUGAGCUUGUCAUUUUUUGAAGCAAACUGUAUUCUGUGAUAGCAAAGGAUAGAAGUGAGGGUUAGAGAAGGAGCAGUUGAACGGAAAAUGCUGGGCUUUCUUCAUGGCAAGUCAGUCCGGUUGGAAAAAACACCGAUUCAACAUACGUGAGUGUUUUUGAUGAAGUAAUGGUGUGUGGGGGGUUUUGGUACACAGUGAAGUUUAGGUCGAUGAGAUUUAAGGAAAGGCACUCUAAUUGGAUUUUGUUACUCCAUAAACUAUCCAGCUUCUGCUCAUGUAGAGAAAAGUGAAAUGUAUAUUCAGAACUAUUUUUCCUGAGUUUUAGCAUUCAAAUUUACUUAGGUUUUGCAGGCUAGUAAUGCUUCGGUUGUCUUGAUAGUUACAUUUUUUUUUUUUUUGGCCUGGUUGCUUUGCUCCAAAGUGAGUGCUCUGCAAAGGGUAUGCCAAUUUCCUCAUACGUUGCAUUAUUAAAGGUGAUGAAGCACAAAAAAAAAAGCUGUCUGGAUAACUCUGUUGUGAUUACAUGAUGCAUUUAAGUGAAACUUCUAUUGAAUGUUGCUGUGUUGCUAGAAUACAUGUUUUUGGUAACCUUGGAUGGAAUAAAAACAUUUUUUUUAAA